AUGGAGAACGAGAAGGAGGGUUUCCCCAUCACAGCCCUGCGCGAGAUCAAGAUCUUACAGCUCCUGAAGCACGACAAUGUCGUACCACUCUAUGAGAUCUGUCGCACUCAGUCGCGCAGCGACCAGACAUCGGCCGCCACUGCCGUUGACUGCGGGGUCGACACAUUUCUGGUCACAUAUGAGCUCGUGCUGAGCAAUAUGGCUGUGGCCGCCUCCGCAGCUGUCGAUCAGCUCUGGACGACAACCACUGGCGGCGCGAUUACUGUUGUGGUGACAGACGGCCAGCAUUUGACUAAUCCGGACGCCUAUCUGUGCGGAGGCGCCGAUGGGAUGGACAUUGAGGUCAACGGUUUGACAGACGAUACGUGUGUUGUGCACAAUGUGUUGAUAGCGGCCAACGACGGCGGAGUCGGUGUCGGCACCGGUGGGGCCGCAGACACACCGACUGUUCCGAAGGCCGCCAAACGUAAAAUACAAACGAAAAAACUCAAAGUAAACACCGUAACGGACGGCGAGAAGAAGUUCCAGUGCUCGUGGACCGGGUGUCUGUACGGGACAAACAAUAGGGGUAACUUUCAGAAGCACUACCGCAUCCAUACGGGAGAAAAGCCGUACAAAUGCACACACGAUGGCUGUCAGUACAGUUGUUCAGACCCGGCCCGGUUCCGCGAAAACAAGCUGAUCCACUCGACCGAGAAAGGCUACGUGUGCGGUUGACCCGGCUGUACGUGGAAGUUCAAGACACACAAACUGCUCAAAAACCAUAUUAAGGUCUGCCAUACGGGCGAUAAGCCGCACAAAUGCGAGUGGCCGGGUAUGUGUCUUCCAUCUCCACUUACAAACAC